UAAUACAAUUAUGGUCUAAUUCCUUCAAAAGAUACUUCUUAAAAAUUCAUAACAAAUUUUUAUAAAGUUCAAAUAAAUAAUGAAAACAUCUACAUGUAUAAAUUUACCCAAGAAUUUCAAGACGAAGAACUUCUAGCAAUAAUAAAGUAAUCUUAUCAACAACUUUCUACAAUUUUUGAGAAAAAGUUCAUAAUCUAAAGACCUAUAAUAAUAUCUCCUUUAAACAUUUCAAACGAUAAACUUCUCCAAACCAAAAUUUAAUUCGGUUCUAAAGAUUAAAAAGACUACAUGUAAUUAUCUUUAAGAAAAGUCUAAUAAACACAACUAGAAAACGAAAAAUAAAUAAAAAAUAUAUUCGGACUUUUAACAAAAACAAUGCUUCAAGACCUCCGUUUAGAAAAGCUUGGAAAAAAAUACUUUGAAAAAACUCCUUGUAUAGACCUAAAAGACUUCAAAAUGUAAAUUCUAGCCGGAUAUUUGACUUCUUUAGAAAGUUAUUAAUUUAAUUCUAAACUUUUAAAUAUUGAUUCAUGUUUUAAAGUGACAAGGAAAUAAACUCUUAUCGAACUUAUAUAAUAAUAAAAUGAACUAACUAACAUAACUAAUUUUAAAGGAAAUAUUAUAAUCACCAUGUACAAUAAUAAAUUUCAUAGAAUAGAAUAGAUUAUGCCAGAAAUGACUCCAUAAGACAAUUUCUAAGAUUAAAAAGGAAACGUUAUAACUUACGAAGAUUAUUACUUUAAACAAUAUGGAAUAUAAAAUAUUAAUCCUAAAUAACCUUUAAUUAAAUGUAUUAAACUAAUAGGAAAAACUAAAAAACCUUUCGAAUAUUAUUUAAUACCUUCAUUAUGUUAUGUUACAGGCAUAUUUUUAUUUAUAAAAAAAUAUAUAAAUAGAUUAACUAAUUAAUAAAAAAGUGACUUCCAUUUAAUGAAAAAACUAGCAGAAACAACAAAACCUAAUGCUUAAAUUAGAUAAAAUCAAUAAUUGAAAUUCGUUAAAUAAUUGCGAACUGAUUGCGAUAGGAGAAUGAAAGACUGGAACAUAAACAUAAACGAGAUUCCUGAAAAAAUAAAUUUUAAAUAACUAUCUCCGGGAAAUUUGCUUAUGGACUAAACCCCGAAUUGCAAGAAAGCAUUUAACGUCCUUAAUUGUAAUUUAGACAGGGAUACAUAAACUAAAAUGUUCGAAUAACCAGCGUUGAAAAAAUGGGCAAUUUUUUAUUAUAAGGAUGAUCAGUAAAUUUUUAAUAAACUUACUAAUAUGUUCCAAGAAUGUCUCAAAUUCUGUUAAUAUCCCUGUCAAGCCCCGUUUUCAGUAAAAGUAGACGAAAAUACAGCCAAUGGAUGGAUCAAUGUAUUAAAGUCUUCACCAGAUGAUGCCUAGAUGUGUGUUAUUUUGUUAAGAGGAAAGAAAAAAAGUGGAUAAUUUUAUGAUUAAAUUAAACUCUUUUUAACUAACUAAAAACCUAUUCCUUCUUAAGUUAUUUUAACUUCUACUGCUUCUAAUGAUAAAGGACUUAGGACUGUAGUGAAUAAAUUAUUAGUCUAAAUAUGUUCUAAAACAGGAGGAAUUCCUUGGGUUAUGAGUGAUAUGCCUUUUCAAGAUUAGCCAACUAUGAUUGUUGGGAUUGAUGUGUAUCAUAAUAUUUCAGGAAAAUAAUAGUCUAUAUUGGGAUUUGUGGCUACUACAAAUGUUCAUUUCACCAAAUAUUAUUCAAGUUCUGUUAUGAUGUAAUAAGGAUAAGAAAUAAGCUAAUAUCUUUAAUAAAUAUAUGUUAAUGCUUUAAAAUAGUUUAAUAAGUUUAAUGGUAUUUAUCCUAAAAGAGUUAUUGUUUUUAGAGAUGGAAUUAGUUAAGGAUAAUUCAAAGUUAUAUAAGAAAUCGAAAUGCCUUAAUUAAAUUAGGCUAUUAAAUAAAUUUAAGAAUGUGGAGAUAUUAAGUUUUGUAUCAUUUCAGUUAAUAAAGUAAACUAUUUAUUUAUUUUAUAUAAAAAAAAAAUUUGCUAAAAUCCACCUUAAGGGGCCCUUAUUGAAAAUUUAAUUACUAAAGGAGAUCAUGAUUUUUAUAUUGUUAGUUAAAAAGCAUAUUAAGGAACUUCUUCACCUACUCAUUAUUAUAUAGUUUAUAAUGAUAUAAUUCCUUUUGAAUUACAAAAACUAGAAUUCAGAGAAUAUAUUUAGUUCAAAAGAGAACUUUAACUUCUAGCUUUUAAAAGUACUUUUCUUUAUUAUAAUUAUUCAGGAGCUAUUAAAGAACCUAGUGCUGUUAGAUAUGCUCAUGUUUUGUGUAAUUUUGUUGGUCAAAAAUACAAUCCUAGUGUUCCUAAUUCUUUGAUUUAAGCUCAUUAGUAAUACGAUAAUUUGCAAUCUCUUUAUUUUAUUUGA